AGGGAAGCCCUACAAACGGACAGUAAUGAGUCAUGUGAGCAAAUGGAUUAUCAUCAAGACCCCAGAAUGCAGAUGCCUGAAGAAUACGCCAAUGAUCACAACAUGAUUAUCAAAGAGCUUUCGCUUUCUGAAGACAAUAAGACUCAAGCUGCAAGCAUGAAAGACUUGAGUGAAUCUCAGACAGACACGUUAUGUCGCAGCGUAUGGACAAAACCAGAAAUUGGAGAUCAAAUGCACAACAGUGAUCAAAAGCAGACUUUCUCUGAGCCUGUGAACAAACUGGUACUGUUUCAAUUAAACAACCCAUACAACUGUUUUCUAAAUGCUUCAAUAAUACCUGUGUGAAUAAUUUCAUGCAGGAGGGAAAUAUAAUUGCCUCCUGUGACUCCGAGAUCAUGGUGGAGACUAUUAAGGAGAAGGAUGGAGAUGAUCUGGAGAAGACUAGAGCAGGAGCUGUGGAGGACGCAGUUGGUGAAGGUGCCAUCUGCCCUCCUUCAUCACCAACAAGAAUGAUGUCUGUGCUGACCACCCCAACUUUCUCCUUAAACAACAGUCCCAUCUCCUCUCCUGGACGGCAAGAGAGUUUGGAGAGCAAGUCACCUGCUUUUUUCUUCUCUGUGAAUUCAGCUCCAAGCACACCUGCGUUCUCCAGACUGGACUGCGACUUUGACGUGGGGUCAACAGAGGAAGAGGCUUCCCCAUUUACAUUCACUAGCUCCUAUUUCAGCGACAAGGUAUUUCUGAUAUUUGUGUUUAAUGCCGAUGUGACUUAUGUUACUAAUGCUGGAUGUUUUAAAAGCUGAAUGUGUUGUUUUUUAGUCUCCAGGAUCGGGACCCAAGUUCUCAGGUGAAGUAUGAUUCAUAUAAUGAUCUAACAUAGUCAAGUGAAUACUCAAGUGUGUACCCAAGUGUGUACCCAAGUGUGUACCCAAGUGUG